AUGGCACAGCAGCAGCAACAGCAACUACAACAGCAACACCACAGCAGCAGCAGCAACAACAACAACAGCAUUCUCCUCCUUCAGCAACAACCACAACAAGAGCAACUACAGCAAUACAACAACAAUUUGUAUAGCCAAAAUUAUAAUAUGGAGGAGUACGAGCGGCGAAAAAGACGGGAGCGUGAGAAAAUCGAGCGACAGCAGGGCAUCCAGAUCGACGAUCGGGAGACUAGUCUGUUCGGGGAGCCGCGCCGCCUCACCGAGAACGAUGCGGAGAUCACGGCCGCCCUGGGCGAGUUCGGGGAGGCGCGGGUGUACAUCAACCAGUCGACGGUGGGGAUCAGUCGGAAUGCGCCCGCCGGCGCCGUCAAUCCCCGCCUGCAGGCGCCUCCCCUCCUGCCGCCGCAGGGCAAGUCUCCCUCCGCCUCCGCAUCCGCCUCCGCCGCCUCCUCCUCGGCGGGAUCCGCCAACUUGGGACUGCCCAACCAGCAGCAGCAGCAGCAACAACACUACCAGCAGCAACAGCGACCGUCGACGUAUCUGAAGCAGACGGACAACAAGCCGCCGUACAACGGACGCGGCGGCUAUCCGGGCCAGCCGAUGAAGAACGACAUUCCGUCGAGUAGCGGCAUGGCCCCGCCCCGUGGGCCGCCCAGAUCCUCCGCGAACAGCAGCAGCAGCAACUCGUCGUCCAGCGCCACAAACAAUGCCAACAGCAGCCAGCAGCCAACGCUCCUGGGGCCGCCGCUCUCCACGCAGACGCCCAACGGGCGGGAGAAGUCCUUCCUGGGGCCGCCGGCUCCGGCGCUCCACAACGGCACCGGCGGACGCUUCGUUCCCCCGGCGGCGAGCCAGCGGCCAGGAGCGGGCCAGCAACCACCGCCACCGGAGAAGGACGUUAACAAGAUCUUCAGUGCGAUUAAGAGCAACUUUGGAACUGUGACGCCACUCACACUGAUUGCUGCCACGCCGCAUGCCCCGCUGACGGACAACUUCAACCCGCUGGCGCCGAACAAGAAGAUCUACGCCAUCGACAUGAUCGGCGGCUCCUCGCCCACGCCGGAACCCUCGUCCUCGCUCUUCUCGCCCAUUGCGCCCAUCGCCUCGCCCAUCAGCUCGAUUAUGACGACUCCGCCGCAGGCCAGCCAACUGCCACUGGGCGGGGCAGCGAGUGGGGCGACGUCCGUGGUGGAGCCCCUGGCGCCACUCCUCCAACUGCCACCCACUCCGCCCAAGGCAGCCAAUGUGAUCACGUCGCCGGCAACGGCGAAGCCCCUCAAAACGGAGAAGAAUCACACGCUGGAGAAGCAGGAUUCCUGUCUGGAGAACGAUCUGGAGCUGUCCGAAUCGGAGGAUGAGCAGCGCAAGAAGGAGGGUCGAUCGGCGGGCAACAGCAGCAAUAGCUCCGAGUCGGAUUCCAGUGAGUCGGGCAGCGAGUCGAGCAGCAAGAACGACCAGCAGCACCACCCCAACCACCACCAGCAGCAGCAGCACCACCUCCUCCAGCAGCAGCAGCAAUCCAGCAUCCUCCAGCAGCAGCAGCAGCAGCAGUCGAACCUCCUCCAACAGCAGCAUCGCAGCAACAGCCUGACCUCCCAACUGACCUCCAAUGGGGCGCAGAACAAGAAGGUCAGGCACGAGAUCAUCGCCCGCGGCAGCAACACCAUCACCGGACUGCUCAACUCCAGUGUGUUCGGCAGUGGUGCGAGUGGAGGAGGAGCAGGUUCCGGGGUGAACUCCAACUCGGCCGUCGGGGGAGCGGGCAGUGUGGGGGGAACCCUGAGCAGCGGAGGCAGCUCCUCGAACAAGACGCCCUCGCCGACGGAGAGCAACAAGUGGACGCUGAGCAGGUUCUUCCACAAGCCCGCCAACCAGACGAACUCCUCCGAGAGCGUCUCGCCCGGGAAUGUGAGCAUGAAGGUGCCGGGGAUCCUGCCCGGCGGCGCCCAGAUCAUACCCGAGUCCAUCGACGUGACGACGGCGAUCGUGAAGAACGAGAAGCUCCACGACGACCACAUGGACAUGGAGGAGGGCGAGGAGGAGGACGACGACGAGGAGCAGCAGCAGCAGCAGCUGCGCUACGGCGCCGGCCUGAGUGUCACCCCGGUGGGUGUGGCGGUGGCGGUGAAGAAGGAGGCCAUCGAUGCCAUCGAUGCGAUACCAAAAAUCAAGCGCGAGUCCGCGGAGGCGCUAAUCGCAGCCCGGCUCUCGGAUUCGGGGACCAGUGGGAGUGGGAGCGGCAGCUCCUCGAGCAGCAGCAGCAGUUCGGACAGCGGGCAGACCGGCGGCGAGGUGGCAGCCAUGCCCAUGCUGCCGGGUCCCGGCGAGACGCUCCAGCUGCCCGGCGUCCCAGCGGCCAUUACGACGGUGAUGCGGGUGCCACCGCAGCAGGCGCAGAAGGCGCCGCCCAGCAACAGCGUCACCCUGACGCCCAUCCUCCAGCUGCCCGCCUCGCCGAAGCAGCGCCAGAAGAAGCCGCGCAAGAAGAAGGCGGUGACGAGUGCGCCCAUCCUGGACUCCAGCGACGACGACGAGCCGCCGCCGAAGCAUCCUGGCCUGGAGCACCCCGCUGGAGCCGCACUGCAGCAGGCUCAGCCCGCGACGUCGACGGAGGCGGUGAAGAAGGGACGCGGUCGGCCCAGGAAGCAGCAGCAGAGCGGCGGGAGCGGCAACCUGAGCAGCGCCUCCGCCGGCAGCAGCUCCCAGACGAACCAGACGACGACGACGACGAAGGGUCCCACGCUGACCGCCGCCAAGAAGCCGCUGGCCAAGGCGCCGCUGGCCAUGAGCCGGGCCAGGAAGCGCGACCAUUCCAGCCACAGCCACAGCCAGAGCCACAGCCAGAGCAGCUCCAACGGCAACACGCCCACCAAGAAGCUGGCCGCCACUCCGGUUCUGGUCGGCGGCUACCUGAAGCCCUCGAGCGUCCGUGCGGGGAAUAGCAGCAGCUCCGACGAGGACAGCUCCUCGAGCGCCGGCUCCAGCUCCAAGUCGAGCAGCUCCUCGAGCAGCAGCGACGACACGGAGACCCAGAACACCAACUGCCGCAUCGUCAAGCUGAACAAGACGGGCGCCGGGCCGCCGAUGGUGGCGAUGGCGCCGCUGGCCAGCGGGAGCAGCUCGCCCAACAGCAGCAGUGGCAGCGAGCCGGAGCACCAGAACCAGGCGAGAGCUGGCCAGCUGAUGGGAAGCGGUGGUCAGUCGCAGGCGCAGCAGCUGGCGGCGUACAAGCCCAUGGCGAUGAGCCAGCACAGCCAGCAGCUGAGCAGCUCCGAGUGCAGCUCGUCGAGCGGAGGGUGCGGAGGCGGCGGCGGCGGGAGCAGCAGCAGCGGCGAGGAGGACGAGGCGUCCAGGCGGCUGGGGGAGAAGGAGCGCGAGCGGAAGCCGAAGAGCGACAAGAACAAGAUCAGCACGCUGACGAGGAUCUUCAAUCCGAAGGAGGGCGGCGCCAAGAAGCAGGGCCAGGUGGUGAUCGUCGACCUGCAGGAGGAGCAGCAGCAGGGCAAGCUGGACGCGGCGGCGGCGGCGGCACAGCCUCCGCAGGCGGCAGUGGCAGCUGCCAAUGCCAUGGCCAAGCCACGGAUGACGCCCACGCAGCAGCAGAAUCAGCAUCUGGGAGCUAGUCUGGCCUCCCCGGCGAGGACCACGACGCCACACCUCACCUCGCUGAUCUGCAAGAUCGAUCUGAGCAAGCUGUCGCGCGAGCGGAUCAUGCGGCUGAAGAAGCUCACGCCCGCCCAGCAGAACGGCCACCUGACGCCCAAGGAUCAGCAGACGCACCUGCCCAACGGCUACUCGACUGGCGACUCCAACUCGAACGCUGCUGCAGCGGCGAAGGUGAAGCACGAGCACCCGGUGAAACCGGAGCCCGAGCUGGACGCCGGCUACGAGUCCAAGUUCAAGCCGGGCAACGUCAAGCAGGAGUUCCAGCUGAAGCAGGAGCGGGAUCGGGAAAGGGAGCGGGAAAGGGAUCGAGAACGCGACCAACCGCCUGGCAGGCGGAGGAAGCGCAGCUCCAGCUCCAGCUCGAGUCCGUACAAGGAGAAGAAGCGGAAAAAGGAGAAGGCCGACCAGCUGCAGAUCGGCAAGGAGCUGCUGCCGGUGCCCGUGCUCCUGCCCUCCAACAACCACGAGCGGAUGCCCAACCACGACCGCCUCUCCUACGACAAGCUGCAGUUGCUCCGCGAGGAUGCGGCCGCCGCAGCAGCAGCAGCAGCAGCUGGAGGUGUUGUUGUGGCCGACGGAGUUGUGGCUCCAAAUGGCAGUCCGAGCAAGAAGCUGCUGGCCAUGUCACCGCUGCCGCCGCCGCCGACGGCCACCCAUGUGCCGCCCGCCACUUGCAACGAGGCGGUGCAAACGACGCCGCCUUCGGUGACGUUGACCACGGCAACGGUGGCCACUGCCCCGGCAGCCAGGCCUCCGCCGAUCACGCGGCUCAUCUACCGCUCCUACUUCGAUCGCGAGGAAGAGCAUCCCAGCGAUGACCACAGAAAAAACAAUCAGUUCCUGCAGGAGGCCAUCAAUCGGAAGCACGCCGCCGACUCGGAGCGCGACUCCUUCAACCAAGUGACCUUGUAUCUGGAGGCCGUCGUCUACUUCCUGCUCACCGCCGACGCAAUGGAGCGCUGCAGCUCCGAGACGGCCACCUACACCAUGUACAAGGACACCCUGUCGCUAAUUAAGUUCAUCUCCACCAAGUUUCGUCCCUAUCAGCAGUCGACGAACGGCCAGCACGAAACGCACAACAAAGUGGCCAUUCUCAGUUUGCGCUGCCAAUCGUUGAUAUCGCUGAAACUAUACAAACUUAGGAGGGCCAACUGUCGCGCCAUCAUCAACAGCCUCACGGACUUCUUUCGCGUGGGCAGAGGAGACAUUGUCAAUGGCAACACGCCGUCCUCCAUAUCACCGUCGAACUCGGUUGGCUCCCAGGGCUCCGGUUCGAACACGCCGCCUGGCAAAAUAGUGCCUCAAGAUAUACACAAUAUGCUGUGCAAGCAGAACGAGUAUCUGAGUUAUUUGAAUAGUGCUCACGAGUUGUGGGAUCAAGCCGAUCGGUUGGUGCGCACAGGCAAUCAUAUAGAUUUCUUCCGCGAACUGGACCACGAGAACGGACCGCUCACGCUGCACAGCACCAUGCACGAGGUGUUCCGGUAUGUGCAGGCGGGCCUCAAGACGCUCAGGGAUGCCGUGUCGCAUCCGACGCAUCAGGCGCACCAGUCGCAGUAGCGACAGCGGAAAGAUCAACCGCAAGGUCAGCGGAAACGGAAAUGGAAACGAAGACGGGGACGGAAACGGAAACGGAAACACCACCAAACGUGUCUAAAUAGAAGUCAGGCCAAAUUAGCAACUAUUAUCUACUACAAGCUACUAAUUUAGUUAGUCAGAAGAAGCAGAAGCAGAGAGGAGUUAAAGAAAGCAAAGAAAUCGAAACCAACAACCUUCCAAACAGAAAACGAAGAUAACCAACAACAAAAAGAAAAAGCAGCAACACAAGAAAUGAUUUGUUAUUAAUUUAUAAUUUUUAUAUGUAUGUAUUUUGUAUAUGCACACCAUUUACUUAUUUCCUUAUGCUCAAUUAUCGAUUGUUUUAAGCAUGUUAAGCUUUAUAUUUAUGCCUAGUUUUAAUUGAUAUUACCACAAACGAAAAACAAACACACAUUACAAGUUAUAUUAGCUGUACGACUAGUCUGUAAGCUCGGAACACAAACAACCACCAAUCCCAACCCAAUCCAAACGCAAACCCAAGCCAACCCAUCAUCCUGAAUACCCAAAAAAAGAAACACACACAAACACUUUA